UAUUGGAAUUUGAAGUCUGCUAUACUGUGAACAAGUCGGCAGAAUCUUAGAUUAUAUCUCUCAAAUACAGUUACAUUUUACUUGCAUUCGCAGCGCCAGAGCCUGGCAUUGCACCCGGGACCCCGCUGUUUGUAGACGGAGCGCUGUCUGUGUAUUUCGUGGGGUAGAAAUGAGUCCUACAGACGCUAAACGCGGAGCGAAGCGCAGGAAGAAUAAGCGGGGCGGCGGCGCAGGGAAGGCCGGAGCUCCGCCAACACCCUGCAGCGGCACCGCACACGGAGACCCGAGCACCAUCCCGAGCCUCAACAGAGAGGUCCCAGUGAAUGGCGCUCCUCAGUUUUCAGAAGGGCCAGUAAACGCUGACUUCUCAGGAGUCCUUCAGACCCCGUUCACGUUCGGGGUGAACCAGAGGGCCCCCUACACCACUGGUGACCGUUGCCUGCUGUGUCGCAGUGUGCGCAAGGACACUGUCUCCCAUGACAUAGGAGGAUCCAGUCAGAAUGGCACAGCCCAGUCACCCAAAUCUUCCAGCGCCCUUCAGUUGCCUCUGUAUGUCUGCUCCGACUGCAAACGCACUGUGGAGAAGGAUGAUCGUCAGCCCUCCCUCGACCAGUCUCUGUUGGUCAUGUCCAGGCCAGGAUUUCUUAAUUAA